AUGGAGGGGUCAAGUAGGAUGGAGAGACAGAAGUUUCCAUUCACCAUUGACAAUAUACUGAACAGAUUUCCAAUUAACAAUGAGGAGAGCAGGCAGUCUGGUGCAACCCACAACACUGUACCAGGUGAGGAUGGAGUAAGAUCAGAGAGUAUUCCUGCUGGGAGCCACAUAGAACCUCCACAGCACACCUGCUCAUGCUGCUGGUACUGCUCCCACUGUGGAGAGGUGUUCCAGGCUGACUAUCCUCCUGAAACUUGGCAGUAUGCAUGGUCCAGAAGAAUGUUUCCAGAGCCAUGCGGAAACACUAACAGAGAGGAGCAGUCCUUCAGUCAGGUCCAGAGGCGAACACGGCGACACCGCACCAUAUUCACUGAGGACCAGCUGGAUGCUCUGGAGGAGCUAUUCCUUCAGAACCAGUAUCCAGAUGUUAACGCGAGGGAAAAACUGGCACAACGCACUCAUUUACGCGAAGAGCGAGUAGAGGUAUGGUUUAAAAACCGAAGAGCGAAGUGGAGGCGACAAAAAAGAACAGCAUUUGGUGUGCAAGACCUGGAAGACUAGAAAAUGGUGUACCGUAUUAUGCACUUGUAGAUAUUUUCUAGACAUUUUUGGAUACUUUAUCCAAUACAAUGAUGAAGGCUAGAAUAAUUCUAAAAGCGUCACUGACUGACAUUUCGGGUGACGGAGAAAUUGUCGCUGGAUAAUGGGAGUAGAAAGGAGGCUCGAGUUUGAA